AUGCCUCAGAACGAGUACAUGGAGCGGUGGCGGAAGCUGCACGGCCGCCGGCUCGACCACGACGAGCGCCAGCGCAAGAAGACGGCACGUGAGGGCCACAAGGCAUCCGAGGAUGCGCAGAACCUGCGCGGCCUGCGGGCCAAGCUGAUGCAGCAGCGCCGCCACAAGGAGAAGAUCCAGAUGAAGAAGCAGAUCAAGGCGCACGAGGAGCGCAACGUCAAGUCGGCCUCGGACAAGGACCCCACGACGCCCCUGCCAAACUACCUGCUCGACCGCAGCAACCCCACGCAGGCCAAGCAGCUCUCGAGCGCCAUCAAGAACAAGCGUGCCGAAAAGGCCGCCAAGUUCCAGGUGCCCCUGCCAAAGGUCCGCGGCAUCAGCGAGGAGGAGAUGUUCAAGGUCAUCAACACGGGCAAGAAGAUGAAGCAGAAGGGCUGGAAGCGCAUGGUCACAAAGCCCACCUUUGUCGGCCCCGACUUCACCCGCCGCCCCGUCAAGUACGAGCGCUUCAUCCGGCCCAUGGGUCUGCGCUACAAAAAGGCAAACGUCACCCACCCGGAGCUCGGCGUCACCGUCCAGCUGCCGAUCCUCAGCGUCAAGAAGAACCCUUCGAACCCGCUCUACACCCAGCUCGGUGUCCUCACAAAGGGUACCAUCCUCGAGGUCAACGUCAGCGAGCUCGGUCUCGUCACUGCCAGCGGAAAGGUUGCGUGGGGUCGCUAUGCCCAAGUCACAAAUACGCCAGAGAACGACGGUUGCGUCAACGCUGUUUUGCUGGUCUAA